UCUCUCUCUAACCAAACCCCCGGAAACGAAAAAUCUCUCCCACUCCAACUCUUCCAUCCGAGUAGUGUAGAACUCGCUCCAACGCCCUCUCCUGCGGCCGUCAAAAUCCAAUCUUUCCUCUCCGCCACCGUUUUCGGGGCUUUUUGCGCCCGCACAGCCGCAAGAUUGAUCUUACCUUGAUUCAAUCGGACCUCAGACAUCAGUCCAAUCCCCAGCAGGUUUUCGCCAAUUGCAAAGUCCGGCAGUGGAUCGGAAGCAUGGGGUUCCGAUCCGCCGGCGCGAUGUUGCGGUUGCUGGUGUGGGCAGCGCUCCUGCUGGGCUGCUGCCACGGGAGGUUCGUGGUGGAGAAGAACAGCCUCAAGGUGACGGCGCCGGAUGACCUCAAGGGCACCUACGAGUGCGCCAUUGGCAACUUCGGCGUGCCUCAGUACGGCGGCACCAUGGUCGGAUUCGUCGCCUACCCCAAGGCCAACAAGAAGGCCUGCAAGAGCUUCGACGAUUUCGACAUCUCCUACAAGGCCAAGCCAGGGGCGUUCCCCACUUUCCUGCUCGUCGACAGGGGAGAUUGCUACUUCACAAAGAAGGCAUGGAAUGCACAGAACGCAGGAGCAGCAGCAAUCCUUGUUGCUGAUGACAAGGAUGAACCUCUAAUUACAAUGGACACCCCUGAGGAGAGUGGGAGGGCAGAUUACUUAGAGAACAUCACUAUUCCUUCAGCGCUAAUAACCAAGAGCUUUGGGGAUAGGCUCAAGAAGGCAAUUGAUAACGGUGACAUGGUUAAUGUGAAUUUGGAUUGGAGGGAGGCCCUGCCCCAUCCUGAUGAACGUGUUGAGUAUGAAUUUUGGACCAACAGCAAUGAUGAAUGUGGCCCAAAAUGCGAUAGCCAGAUUGAUUUUGUCAAGAGCUUCAAAGGGGCUGCACAGGUACUUGAGAAGAAAGGCUACACAGAGUUCACUCCUCAUUACAUAACCUGGUAUUGCCCAGAGGCCUUCAUUCUGAGCAAGCAGUGCAAGUCCCAGUGCAUUAAUCACGGUAGAUACUGUGCACCUGACCCGGAACAGGAUUUUAGCAAAGGAUAUGAUGGGAAAGAUGUGGUGGUCCAAAAUUUGCGCCAAGUUUGUGUGUUUAAGGUUGCUAAGGAGCACAAGAAGCCUUGGUUAUGGUGGGACUAUGUUACUGAUUUUGCGAUCCGGUGCCCAAUGAAGGAAAAGAAAUACACGAAGGAGUGUGCUGAUGGAGUUAUCAAAUCACUUGGCCUUGAUCAUAAAGCAAUAGAUAAAUGUAUUGGUGAUCCAGAUGCUGAUGAAGAAAACCCUGUUCUGAAAGCUGAACAAGAUGCACAGAUUGGCAAGGGCUCUCGUGGCGAUGUUACCAUCUUACCAACUCUGGUAAUUAACAAUAGACAAUACAGAGGGAAGCUUGACAAAGGAGCAGUUCUUAAAGCACUUUGUGCUGGUUUUCGGGAAACUACUGAGCCAGCUGUUUGCUUGAGUGAAGAGAUACAAACAAAUGAGUGCCUAGAGAACAAUGGUGGCUGUUGGCAAGAUAAGGCUGCUAACAUCACUGCAUGCAAGGAUACUUUCCGUGGAAGAGUUUGUGAGUGUCCAGUUGUGAAAGGAGUAAAAUUCGUUGGUGAUGGCUAUACUCAUUGUGAAGCUUCGGGAUCUGGGCGUUGUGAAAUUAACAAUGGAGGGUGUUGGAAAGAGACCAGGAAUGGCCGGACAUACUCUGCCUGUACUGAUGAUGGCUGUAAAUGCCCGGAUGGUUUCAAGGGUGAUGGUAAGCACAAAUGUGAAGAUAUUGAUGAAUGCAAGGAAAGGACUGCAUGUCAAUGCAAAGAAUGCAAAUGCAAGAACACAUGGGGAAGCUACGAGUGCGGCUGCAGUGGAGGAUUGCUUUACAUGAAGGAGCAUGAUACAUGCAUAAGCAAAAAUGGAGCAACAGAAACAGGCUGGGGCUUCUUGUGGGUCAUCUUCCUUGGCCUUGUGGCAGCAGGAAUUGCGGGAUAUGCAGUAUACAAGUACAGGAUCCGGAGGUAUAUGGACUCAGAGAUCCGGGCCAUCAUGGCUCAGUACAUGCCCCUGGACAACCAAGGAGAUGUUCAGAGUCAUUCUCAUCAUAUUGAGAUGCUCCGAUCGAUCAUCCUCUCUCCCUGCACGAUCCCCUUGUCGUCACCACUACGUUCCCAAGGCAAAAUGGGCUCUGAGACGACGGAGACGGUCACCGUGGAAGGCAUCCCAUUCCCGGCGGAGAUCACCGUCGGCAACCCUCUCUCCCUCCUAGCUAACGGCAUCACGGACAUCGAGAUCCACUUCCUGCAGAUCAAGUACAACGCCAUCGGCAUCUACCUCCACAGCAACGACGCGCUGCUCCACCACCUGCAGAGCUGGAAGGGCAAGACGACGGCCGACGAGCUGCUCGGAGACGACGCCUUCUUCCAGGCCCUGGUCUCGGCUCCAGUGGAGAAGCUCUUCCGGGUGGUGGUGAUCAAGGAGAUCAAGGGCUCGCAGUACGGCGUGCAGCUCGAGAGCUCCGUCCGCGACCGCCUCGUCGCCGCCGACAAGUACGACGACGACGAGGAGGAGGUCCUCGAGAAGGUCGCCGAGUUCUUCCAGUCCAAGUAUUUCAAGCCCGGCUCCGUCAUCACGUUCCACUUCCCGGCCACACCUGGAGCCGCAGAGAUAUCGUUUGCGACGGAGGGCAAGGACGAGGCCAAGAUGAGGGUGGACAACGACAACGUGGCGGCGAUGAUCCAGAAGUGGUACCUCGGCGGCGACUCCGCGGCGUCUCCGACCACCGUCCGAAGCCUCGCCGAUCGUUUCGCGGCGCUGCUCUCGGCCGCGUGAUUAUAUAUGUUACUGCGACUGCUAAUUAUAAUUUCAAUCCAGCGGAAUUUGAACUCGUUAAAAUUCUGUCCUAUCGAUCGUCCCGUGUGUUACGGCAAAAUUGAAUUGCGAAUAACAAAGACUGGUUUUCGAACGAU